GUAACAGAGCUUUUGUCAUCAAUUUAAAGCUGUAAUCUGUAAACACUGUUAUCUUUAUGACACAACAGCGCUAUUUUUUUCUCUCUCUUUGUACAUUUCCUUUGACGUGAGACACAUAAUAACAGCCGGUGGAUGAUGACGUUUAUUAAAAGCUCUCAGAGUUUGAACACAGAACUUUAGCUGAUGGAUACUUUACUUUUUCUUUGUCUUCUCUCUGUGGCUUUUACUGGUUUGACCAAAGCAGUCGGAAUACUGCCAGAUGAUCCUCUGACUGCAGCUGUGGGAGACACAGUGACGUUCAGCACAACACUGAAUCCAUCACAGACACAGAUUACAUACAUCAACUGGAUAAAGGAUUCUACAUCUGUAGUAACAUACAGUGAGGGAGGAACCAUUCCAGGUCCAGAUUAUAGAGACAGAAUCACCCUCUCUCCAAACAGUGCAGCUCUGGAGCUCAGGAGUGUGACUUUGAAGGACAGUGGAGUUUAUAAAAUUGACAUAGAAAACAAUGGAACACGGCAUGUAGACAAUAGAACAUUGGAUGUUUACGUCCGAGUGUCUGAUGUCGUGGCUGUUUCAAACGCCACACAGCUGGUGGAGUUCAGCAGCUCCGUCAGUCUGACCUGCACCUCCUCUGGCUCCGCCCUCUCUUUCCUCUGGCUGAACGUCACCUCAGAGGUCACAGACAGUGACAGAGUUCAGAUCACUGAUGGAGGGUCCACUCUCAUCAUCACCACUGUGACCCGCUACGACCACGGACCGUUCACGUGUCACGUGUCCAAUCCUGUCAGUAACGGCUCCAGCAAUCAACUAAAUUUGUCCAUCAGCUAUCCAUUUGGCCCAGACAAUGUUACAUUGACAGUUUUUCCACGCGAGCUAUACCAUUUGGAAGGAUCAGAUGUCAUCUUGUCCUGUGUGGCUGAUUCCAAGCCAGCUGCCCAGUUUGACUGGUAUCUGAAUGGAGAGAAACUGUUUCAUUCUGGACCAGACCUCAGACUGAAUAACAUCCAGCAGAAUCAGACUGGAAACUACAGCUGUCGGGCCUUCAAUGAACAAACUCUGAUAGAUCAAACAUCUCCAGCUUCAGCCAUCCAUGUCUUAGAGAAAAUAUCAGGUGCUUCAAUCAAAGCAUCAGAAAACCUGCUGGAGGGGAAGUCAGUCAACCUGAGCUGUGAGGGUGUUGGCUCCAUCUUUAGCAGAACGUGGCUGAAGGACGGCUCACCUCUGAUCCUGGAUAAAAACAUGUCACUUCAUAAAGAGGACAGAGUGUUACACUUUCAACAUCUGCAGAAAACCAACAAUGGAGAAUAUUCCUGCACUCUCAGCAACCCCAUCAGCCAUGAAAAAGCUACAUACACCAUGAUCAUUAACUAUGGACCACUGAAUGUCAUCAUCAAAGGACCAAGUGAUGUAAAAGAGAAAGAGGACGUUGUGUUAAUCUGCUCUGCUGAUUCCACACCGUGUGUGACUUACACCUGGAUGCUGAAUGGGACGCAGAUUCUUACCAAUUUCAAUGUGUUCACUAUAGCCAAGGCUGACCUUAAUCACAGUGGGAACUACAUCUGUCAAGCAAGAAAUCCUCUCACACAGAACACAGUGUCUGCUCAGCACAGACUGACUGUGACAGCUUUGCCAGAAGAUCCACCUGCAUCACUUUCACCUGGUGCCAUUGCCGGAAUAACAGUCGCAUGUUUAGCUGUUGCUGGACUAGUUGCUGGUGUGGGAUUCUACAUUUUUUUAAAAAUUGGUUCUUCUAAGGGAAGUACUUCUGAAAACACAAGACAUGACGGAAUGGACAGCAUCGCCUAUGAAGACAUAGGUCCUUCUAAAGGAAGAAUUUAUGAAAACACAAGACAUGGUGGAAUGGACAGCAGAACCUAUGAAGAGAUGUAAAGUCUUCUUUUCCUUACUCACCCCAUAUAUCCCAGUUAAGUGUUCCUCCAAAACUCUGGGUAAAAUAAGUAUUGAACCUAUCACCAUUUUUCGCAGUAAGUAUAUUUCUAAAGGUGGUAUUGUCGUGAAAUUUUCACCAGAUGUUGGUAACAACUCAAUUAAUCCACACAUACAAAGAAAUCAAACCAUAGAUCUUCAUAAAUUAAGUUAGGCGCAAUAAUGUGAAAUAACAUAGGGAAAAGGUACUGAACACCUGAAGGAAGGGAGGUGCAAAAAGACAUGGAAAGCCAAGACACCAGCUGAAAUCUAUCAGUAAUUAAAAACCAAUCCUGCCCCUUGUCAGUGAAAAUUUAUAUCAGAUGGUUCAGUCCCAAGUGACAGUCAAUAAAAAGGCAUCUCAUUACCAUGGUGUCACACAAGUAACUUCCCAUGAUGGGUAAAAGCAAAGAGUUUUCUCAAGAUCUUUGCAAACUUAUUGUUGCAAAACAUGCUGAUGGCAUUGGUUACAGAAGGAUUUCUAUACUUCUGAAUGUUCCAGUGAGAGAACAUCAUUUCACCAUAAGUCAGACCCAACCAGGUGCUCCGCACAAAAUGUCUGACAGAGGAGUGAAAAGAAUUAUCAGAGGAGUUGUCCAAGAGACAAAGACCACUUGUAGAGAGGUUCAGAAAGACCUGGAAUAAACAGGUACAACUUUUUCCAAGAAAACAUUAAGUAAUGCACUCAACUGUCAUGACCUGUAUGCACGCUAACCACACAAGACGCCUUUACCAAAGAAAAACCAUGUUGGAGCUUGUUUAAUGUUUGCAGCACAGCAUUUAGACAAGCAUGUGAAAUACUGGGAGAAUAUAGUCUGGUCAGAUGAGACCAAAAUACAAUUAUUUGGAUGCCAUAAUACACACCAUGUUUGGAAGUCAAAUGGCACUGCACAUCACCCCAAAAACACCAUACCGACCGUGAAGUUUCAAGGUGGGAAGAUCAUGGUGUGCGGCUGUUUUUCAGCAUACAACACUGGCAAACUUCAUAUAAUAGAAGGAAGGAUGAAUGGAAAAAUGUACCAAGACAUUCUUAAUAAAAAUCUGCUACUGUCUACCAGGAUGAUGAAGAUGAAAUGAGGGUGGGCAUUUCAGUAAGACAAUGAUCCCAAACC